GACGCGCUGAAAAAGAUAAAACCCUAAAUCUGGUUUCGAAACAGCUGGAAAAGUGGAUGAAGUUUCUAAUUUUCAAGUUCGUGAUGGAAUAAAAAGGCACGAUGCUGAAAAGGGACGAAUAAGAGUCGUGUGAGAAUGUUUGAACGAAUUUAGUAUAUUUUUUCAGCAUCAGAUGAGAGUCUGUCGAGAAGAAAAAAAAACAUCGACUCUGAGAUUUCUUCUAAACAUUUUCAAGAGUAUAACCAUUAUUUGGUCAAUCUUUAAGGACAUUUAGGAAAACAUGGGAAGUUUUAAAGGCCAUGCAUUGCCUGGAAGUUUCUUCCUGAUCACCGGCCUCUGGUGGGCCUCAAAGCAGACAUUUUUGUAUGCCACCCGCAGGAAUAAAAGUGCUGGUGCGGGCAGACUUGCACCUCGAGCUACACAACGGCGCAUAGAAAUCAUAGAAGGAGCUGUCAUUUUAUCAUUUUCUAUUUUUGGUAUGUUAGCAGAGCAACUUUUAGCAGGUGGGCCCAAGUUUCAGCUGUAUGAUUCUUCCACUCAGCACUGGGAGCAGCUGAUGAACUGGCAGCACACCACCAUGUACCUGUUCUUUGCCAUCGCAGGGGCCAUAUCUCUCACUGUCCACAGCACAGACAUCGCCCCGCUGGCCUUAGACCGGAUGCUUCUGGGUCUUGCUUUCUUUAAUGAGGGAUUUCUGUUUCUUUACCAUCUCCAUGGUAGAGAUAUGCUUGAUGUCCAUGUGCACACCCUUCUCCUCUAUGCAAUCUUUGGACAAGCUUUCAUCUGCCUUCUGGAGGUUUUCCACAGAGGGAAUAUUCUACUCGAACUGCUCCGAGCCACUCUCACCAUACUACAGGGCAGCUGGUUCUGGCAGAUUGGCUUUGUGCUGUACCCACCCAGUCAAGUGAAAUGGGAUCAGACAGACCAUGACAACUCGGUCUUUGUCACAUUAUGCUACUGCUGGCACCUAGCGUUUGCAUUGCUCAUUGUAGCUGCAGUUUACUGGUCUGUUCUCUGUGCUGUGCGUUCCAGAAUAAGGAGGAUGCCACCCAUGGAAAUGGGGCUUUUGAAAUCAAGGGAGAAAGAAGUAGAGUCUGAAGAUGAGUUUUUAUGAGUAUUUAUCAUCAUGCCAGCAUCGAAAAACAUUUGGACCUGAUUCCAAAGAAAAGUAGAGUGACAGAGAGCGAGAGUUAGAUAUGAACAGAGAGGCAUUGUCACUAAAUAUUAGCUCGGUCUUAAUUUCCUGAAGAGCAGAUGGGAGAUGACAAACAGUGACAGUCUUGCUUCCCAAGAUCUGUUUCCUCAUAUUAUAACAAGGGACAGUAAGUAAAUCACAAGAGCCAUAGUGUUAUUUCUCUCACUCAUUUUCCCAGUAUGAUAGUUACAACUGUUAGUCCAUGCGGUCUUCUAUUUUGUGUGGUCAUUCCUUUUUUAUUUCACUAAUUCCUGUUUCUCUGAUGCACCUCAGGACCAACUUACUCUAGUAAUACUCUUACUCUUAAUUA